GACAAAGACAUGAGGCAAACAACGUACAUAGUCAAUCGAGAACAGGUGUACAAUUGUCAUUGGUCAUGUGGUUGAACAGGAUUUCAAAUCUAUUGGAUAAUGAAUCCCAGAGUGGGCGUUGCCAUAUGUCUAAGUGCCACACCCCAUGCAUUAACACAACAUCAGAGACAAAAGACAGACACAUCUUGAAGUUCCAGAGAUAGAAACACUGUCCUGCUAUGACACAAUGCAGGGCCAAGGAUACACGGCUGCCUCUCUGUUAAUUGAUUUCGAGUUCAUACACUACAGCACCUGCUUUUCAGAAUCAGUGAUAUGAUUUGAGUCGGCACACCAUGCUUUCACUCCCUCUUUCAUUGCUGUCAGUAGAACAGCAUCCACAUGCGCUGAAUGCAGAGAACAGUACUGAAGCAUGAAAACUGCAAGAAGGCAUUUUUCACCUGGCCAUGCAUGGUCUGCUUCUCUUGGAUAUGGUUUGGUUGGUGGGUAAUAUUGAUUUCAAAGCAUUAUCUUUUACGGUGCACAACGUUUUCUGCUGGAUCACCACCAAACGCCACCAUUCCUCACCCAUCCUACUUGCCAUACUGAGCGCUGAAUGUGUGAUAGUAGCCAGGAGUUAUUAUGCACAGAUAACCUUCCCUUCCCUUUAUAAUCCAAGCAGGCACAAAGGGAAACUAUUCAUGAUCUGCAAUUAUGUUUCCUAGAUAAGAUAAGCAGUUCACAAUUAACUUAAGGCUUGCCCCAGACAUAAGGAGCUUUUCAUAUCUGCUGACCUAGCCAAUCAAACUGCUCCAGGAGCUGCUUUUCAAUAUCACCAUAGCUAAGCCUUUGCCUUUGUGUUUCUUUUUUUAUGCCUUGUUACCUCAAGAUGUUCAACUCAUGCCUCUCUCAGAAGAACUGAGUUGAACACAAGGGGGCGUAGACUGCUAAGUUUGCUUCUCCUUGUCCAGUUCAGCAGCAGCAGGGCUAAAUUUGAUUAUGGUAUCAAGUCUGACCUUGAGAGGGAACUACACUUAAAUUUACAUUUCAAGGAGGAAUGCCUUAUUGCAUUAUAGACAAGGAAAUGUGUGCCUUUCUCCACACACAAAUGCAUUAGGCUAGGCCAUCCAUUGGCGAUGCCACAGAAUGAAGAUGUGGAUGGCAGCAUGCAGGCUGGUGCAGUUGUUUGAGCAUGAAGUCAUAAAUGUAUCUGUUCAAUAGAUUUGGUGAGAAAAUGUGUCGACAUAUAGACAAUAAUCCUUCCCUUCUCCUUCAGUCUAGUCAUUAUCAUCAUCAUUAGGAGUGCUGGUGUUGGUAUUCUCCAAUUCAAAUAUGCCACCCAUACAGGAUUAUCAAGUCCCCAGAGUGUUUGUAACACAACAAUCAUCAGUAGCACCAUGCACACUCUGUGCAGUGAUUGCAUUAGCAAUGGCAUUUUAAAUAACCCUGUCUAUCUCACCCUGUAGCUCUUUUCUUUUCCUGGCACUUCACUCUUUCAUGAUCUCUCUGUAGUUACAGCAGGUAUAUAUAUUUUUUAAAUGCUCUGUACUUUUUGGUUGCUUUUAUUUCGGUAAUUUUCUGCUGCUGCUGCUGCUGCUCUUAUUGUCACCCUGGGUAACAUCCAUUGCCAACAGCAUGAUGCCAUGUAACCUACACUUGCAUCCUUGAAACACACUCAAGUCUAGCACAAAGCACCUGUCUAACUAGAGUACUAACCCAGCCCCUCGGGGUGUUAUGCGCUCUUAUAGGCUAAAAGCACAUUUUUAAAGCUGCAUGGUAAAAACGAGAUUUAAUUGGUUUGAGCUCCCAGUAUAUGUAGAUGGCAGUGGAUGGCUCCUCCCAUGCACCUGAUGGGGAGUAUUUACAGCUCUUUACAGCUUCCCGCUGCACUGUUUCCAAGAGCGCAGCGCAGCACAAUGACACUCCACUGGACUUGAGCAAUAAGGAUUUCCGUCUUCACACAGUAAACUGACGCUCACCGCUAUAUUUUCCAAGAAAAAAAGUUUGCCAAAAGUUGUCCACUUGUUUUUCAAGAUGCCACGCUCUUUUCUGGUCAAGAAACACAUAAACUCCGCAAAGAAGCCAAAUUAUAGUGAGCUGGAGAGCCCAACAGUGUUCUUCACGCCGCACAUCUACAGGGGCCUUGCCCUGCCCGUCAUCCCCCAGCCGGAGAUCCUGAGCCCGGCAGCGUACAGCCCCAUCACAGUGUGGACUACCAGCAACUUGCCGCUGUCUCCGCUGCCCAGUGACCUCUCCCCCAUCUCCGGAUACCCCUCAUCGCUCUCCGACACCUCCUCUAAGGACCACAGCGGCUCUGAAAGCCCGAGGAGUGAUGAAGACGAGCAGAUGCUGCCCAAGCUGACAGACCCUCACGGAGUGGAAGCAGAGAAAUUCCAAUGUAGUUUGUGUAGCAAGUCCUACUCCACGUACUCUGGACUGCUCAAGCAUAAACAGCUGCACUGCGACGCCCAAACGAGGAAAUCCUUCAGUUGUAAAUACUGCGAGAAGGAGUAUGUAAGCCUGGGAGCUCUCAAAAUGCACAUCAGGACUCACACUUUGCCUUGUGUAUGCAAAAUAUGCGGGAAAGCUUUCUCUAGACCGUGGCUGCUCCAAGGACACAUCAGGACGCACACCGGAGAGAAGCCGUUCUCCUGCCCUCACUGCAAUAGGGCUUUUGCGGACAGGUCCAAUCUCAGGGCUCACCUACAGACCCAUUCGGAUGUGAAAAAAUACCAAUGCAAGAACUGCUCCAAAACCUUCUCCAGGAUGUCUCUUCUGCACAAGCAUGAGGAAUCUGGUUGUUGUGUAGCACACUGAAUUGGGAUACUUUUUCACCACCAGAAAAAAAACAAAAACCCUCUGUUGCUUCUAUAUUUUUCCAAGCCCAGGAGAACUUUCAGGGAAUCACAUGGAGGGGGGUUUGUUCCAAAGACUUUUUUUUUCUACGAGCAGUCGAUUUCAUUUCAGAGUGAGAAAUAACUCUGCGCUCACGUGCUUCUCGUUUCAAGCAGUGUUUCUGUGAUUGCAAUCAGUGCCAAGCUUUGUCAUACCAUGUACUCACCUACCUGUGCUAUUCAUGCACUUUUCUGCAUGUCUAGAAUGUUUUAUAUGCCUUCACAAUGUUAUCUGCAGUGUUUGUACCAGUGUCUCUCAAUGGCUGUUACGCAGUCCUCCACUUUUUUAUAGGAACCACACAAACAAUACCAAAAGGCGCAUUAUGAAUGACAGUAUAAAUAUAUAUAACUAGAGGGAUACUGAAGCCAUUGUUACUUAGGGAAGUGCAAACUUAGUUUUUAGGGUGAAAUUAUUAUAACUUUUGCACAGUCAUUAGAAACAGUUUGCCAGCACUCAAAUAGCAAAACAAAUUUUCUCAAGUGCCUCAGUUUUACUUGGCAAUAAUAUGUAUGUUUCCUUUUUUAUUUUUAUAUAUUGAAUGUAAGCGUGACUGAGAUGAUUGUAUAUUAACAGUGAAAACUGUGAUGCUGAAUGAUUUUUGAUAUUUUCAUAUUCUCAUGACACUUUUAAAAAUAAAGUUUCAUGACAUUUUGUAAAAA